AUGGCUCCACCGGGCCUACUGCUAGCGGCUGCCACCAUCGCCCUGCUCAUCAUAUCAGCCGCCCCCGAACCAGUACCGCCACCAAACGAACCACAAGAACGAGUUUCUCGAGAGCUGGCAUCCCUCCUCUUCCCUCAGAGCCCGCAGACGUGCGACAAGAACCCCAAAGUCUGUAAACUGCCCGGAAGCACCCACCCGGACUGCUGCAACAAGAGCUGCGUCGACGUCAAGACUGAUUUUCUCAACUGCGGCAAGUGCGGGCACCGGUGCAACCUGUUCAGUGAGCUCUGCUGCAAGGGGAAGUGCGUGAACAUCGUCUCGGACAAGCAAAACUGCGGGACAUGCGGGAACAAGUGCACGAGCGGCUGCUGCAACAAGAGCUGCGUCGACCUCAAGACUGCGAGUCUCAACUGCGGGACAUGCGGGAACAAGUGCAAGCUGCCCAAUGAGCUCUGCUGCAAGGGGAAGUGCGCGAACGUAGUUUCCGACGAGCACAACUGCGGGACAUGCGGGAACAAGUGCCCGAGCGGCUGCUGCAACCGGAAGUGCGUCGACCUCAAGACCGAUCUCUUCAACUGCGGCAAGUGCGGGAGCAGAUGCAACUCCCUCGAUGAGCUCUGCUGCAAGGGGACGUGCGUGAACGUCGUCUCGAACAAGCACAACUGCGGGACAUGCGGGAACAAGUGCCCCAGCGGCUGCUGCAACAAGAAGUGCGUCGACCUCAAGACCGAUCACUUCAACUGCGGCGGGUGCGGGAACAGGUGCCAGUCCAAUGAGCUGUGCUGUAAAGGGAAGUGCGUGAACCCCGUUACGGACAAGAAGAACUGCGCGGGAUGCGGGAACAAGUGCAAGGACGAGUGCUGCAACGGGAGGUGCGUCGUCACCAAGAGCGAUGCUCUCAACUGCGGCGGAUGCGGGAACAAGUGCAUGUUCUCGGAGCUCUGCUGCAAGAAGAAGUGCGUGGAUGUCAGUUCCGAUGAGAAGAACUGCGGGAGUUGCGGGCACAAGUGCAAGAAGGGAGUCAACUGUAUCCUCGGCAUGUGCGGCUACGCGUAG